AACAGCUGGUGACUCACUGCAUAACUAUGGCACCAACUGCCUGCGCGGCCCGACGCGCUCUGCGUCUGCAGGGAGGGGGCUGCCGGCCCUUUCCUUUACGCACUGGCAGCCUCUCUGCUCUCCCGAACUCGCCAGGACGAGGAGCUUUUUCCUUCCUCCUCCGUGCUAACACCUCCGCCUGCGCCUCCGGCCUGGAGUUGCAAUUUCUGAGCGGUUUUGUCCGGAAGACUGUGCUCAGGUUAUGACGACUAAUCCCAAACCGAACAAGGCGUUAAAGGUAAAGGAGGAGUCAGGAGAGAAUGCCCCAGUGCUGAGUGAUGAUGAACUCGUGUCAAUGUCCGUACGGGAGCUGAACCAGCACCUGAGGGGUCUCACCAAAGAGGAGGUCAUCCGUCUGAAGCAGCGGAGGCGUACGCUGAAGAACCGGGGCUACGCUGCCAGCUGCCGCAUCAAGCGUGUGACUCAGAAAGAGGAGCUGGAGAGGCAGCGGGUCGAGCUGCAGCAAGAGGUGGAGAAGCUGGCCAGAGAAAACAGCAGCAUGAAGCUAGAGCUGGACGCCUUGCGCUCCAAGUACGAAGCACUCCAGACCUUUGCUCGUACUGUGGCGCGAGGGCCUAUUACCCCGACCAAAGUUGCCACCACCAGUGUCAUCACCAUCGUGAAAUCAGCCGAAAUCUCAUCCAGUUCUGUGCCGUUUUCAGCAGCGUCCUAGUGCCCUCGGUGGGGGGGGGAACUAGCAGCCUUUCAGAGGGGAGGGGAGAAGGCUCUUAUGCAUUGUUCCGGAGUCCUUGGUUACGGCAAGAAUUGGCAUUUUAACAAUUCUCUUCCAAAAGUGCAAAAAGAUUAAGAAAAGAGAAGGAAAAAAAAAAAACCAAACAAACCCACCAAACCUACAAAGAAAACUGAACUGGCUGCUUCUGUCUGGACUCAGUGGCUCCAUCGAGCUCUCGUGUCCAGGAUUUGAGCUCUGUACGCAGUACAAGUUGCAAGAUCUGCUUCCUCCUUCCCCCUGCCUCCCCAAACCCCUCUCAGCCGUGGGGCAGCUUUCCAGCUGGGAGAAGAUACCUGAGGAGCCUUCGGAGUCUUUGUGAAUGAUGCUCAAGAGCCAGGAACACAUGGACCGUAGAAAUCAUCGUGUGAGAUGAAUGUAUGGGAAAAAAAGAGUUUCCUUUAGUGGCAUCCUACUCCCCGUAAGAAGGGUCUCCCCCACCUUCCCCUCUUCCAUCUGGUGUUACAAGGGCAGGGCUAUAGGCUCCUUGGAUUAGAUUUCAUCCUGCUAUGAAUGGAUGGGAGCGGAGGACGUUGGAGACUAAUGCUUGGGUCUGACCACACCCGUUAGGAGUAACCUUUUGUUUUCAAUCUAUGCUGUUAAAAUAUGGAAAAAUAUAUAUUUUACAUAUUUUAAUAUGCCCCAUUACCUGUGUGGCCUAUAAACUACAUCGCAGCUUCCUUUACUCCAAGCCCAAGUUUCCCGAUAGCUCCUUCCCUAAGGUGUGCCUGUGAAUUGGGUAUAUUUAUGCAGUUUAUUUCUUCCAAAUGAUCCGCGGUCUUGAAAUGGUGACUUUUUUUUUGGUUUUUGUUGUUUUAUUUUCUGGAUUCACUGAAGCUUAAGGGAAGGAGGCACAGUAAAUGCUGUGAAGAGCCGUGUGGUGGGGAGGAGAAGGGGAGACGAGGAGGAAAAAUGCUGCAAGUGCGAGCAGGUGGAGGCAGAACUGUCGGCGGGAAGGUGGGCCGGUUCUGCUGGGAUCAGCACUAUGAGAAGGGGUUUGUGCAGAGCAUUUCGGGAAGAUGUUUUUAAAGCACUGAAGCGUAGCCAGAGGGCAAAUAGCGUUCAGACGGGAGGAGAGAAGUUGCAGAACCUCCUCCUUGACAAAAGCAUUGGUAGCGUAGUGAUGGACGUCCCAGCCGGAGCGCUGGGCUCACCAGUCUUUGACCAGGGAAGGGCUGUGGGGAGGUGGGACAGGAGCUGGAAGAGUCUGUUCCUCUCUGUAGCACAUCAGGCGCUGGAGUUGGGAUCCAAAGAGCACAGUGGACAGCCCUCGGUGUUCAGCCUGUGUGAAUGUGACCCUGAAACUUGAGGCUUUCUCUCGGGGAUGGGUGAAUUAUCCCGAGAGGCGCGUGGAAGGCAGGACGGAAGAUCGGUGUGUGUAGGGGAUGGAAGGGUUGGGAUGGAGAAGUCGUUCGUGUGGCUCUGAGCAAUGGUUUGGGAGAAGGAUUUCUGGCUUGGCAAUGGGCAGGAGGUGGGAAGCCAAAAGGAGAGAUGAUGAAAAGAUGAAUGUUUCCAGGUCACUGUAAAAAAAGAAAAAAAAAAAAAAGAAAAAAGAAAAAAAAAAAAGAAAAAAAAUAGCUAUGUUGGUGUUUGUGUGUUUUGUUGUUGUUCGUUUGUUUUUCUUUUUGAAGUAGGAAAGAAAAGGGACUGUGAGUUUCGCAGGGCAGGUCAGAAACUUGCGGGAUGGACGACGCCUGUUCUCACACAGGUGAGAUGAGGUUGCUGAGGUUUGAGAUGAGGACAGAGCUUAGAGGAUUUGGGCUCCAGAACAGAAAACAAAGAUCAUGGAGAACUCAUGAGCGUUUUGAACUGAAAGAGCAUAAACAAGUGCCACAGUUGUUGCAAAGGGGACAGUGAAUUGGCAUCCGACACCCAGUAUCAUUUGUUGUUUGAGGCUUUGUCUUGCCUUGAAUGGCAGUAAGUUUGUAGAAAUGUAGUGAAGCCCUACUUGUCAUUGGAAGAAGUUGUUAGCUUGCUUUUUUAAUUCUAUUUUUCUUUUUUCACCUUGUCAUUGGAGUCUCUGGAUUUCCCAGGAGGGUCCUUUGAGAAAUAGGUUAAUGAAAAGAGAAACCUCAGCCUUGGUUCUCGUUCAGUCCUCGACAUCCGUGACCUUAGUGAGCCAGAAAGGGUGUCGCCGAAACGCUUCGCGGUGGCUCGUUCCCCCUGCCGGCUCCACGUGCCGUGGAGGGGAGCAGGGACUUUCCUUCAAGUGAUUUUUCCAACACGUAGAGUGUGGGUGACACUUGGCGUUACCUCAUUUCUCCUCCACUCCCUCCCCGUCUCCGAGUGGGCAGAUUGAUGUCCUGUCUAUCAGUACCAGUUAUCGACUCCCACAGCAGAAGCUGAGGAAGAGAAAGAUGUUACUGUCAUUUCCUGGUCCUCUCACGUUCUCCAGCUCGCAAACAUUGGAAACUUUUCCCAGACCUUACAGGUGCCUCUGAAAACAGGCGAAAUGGAGCCUCCUGGCACUGUUGGGGCUUGAGAUGAAAACCUUGAUGAAACAAAGGCCAGUUGACUUGAAAAUGCCCAAAUGCUUCCAGUCUUUAAAACAGCUCCAGAGCUCCGUAACAUUCCUGGCUAGAUAGGAACACCCUUGGCUGCCCUUGACCCCCCCGGCCGGGGAGAUCAGACCAGUCGCACUGAGGGGGACGGAGGUUGAACUUUGUUCCGUGAGGUCUUCUUGCUGUUGGAAUGAGUUGAGAAACAUAUCUUUACGUGGCACUUCCCUUGUGGCCAAGUAUUUCUCUUAUUUUUUGGGUUUUUUUUCCAGUUCUUGGAAGGGUGCCAAAGGCUUGUCCAAGUGAUUGCUAGUUCAGUGCCGCUAGGCACUUAAAUCUCUGGUCACUCGAUAAAGAACAAGAGGCCUGGGUGUUGUUAAAGCUGUUGAUACCAUAGCCAUGGUAGGUAAUCCAUAUUGGAUAUCCAUAAGGACCACAUGGAAAUAUUUAAAGAGAGAGAAAUAUAUAUAUAUAAAUAUAUAAUUAUAUACAUUUUAUCGUACAGAUUUUUCGUAAAAAAAGCAACAAAAAUAAUAAUAAUAAUAAUUUUUUUUGUUCCAAGUUUGAUACUGUAAAUCUUUAUUAAAAGAAAUUGCCAGUCCAGGGCUCCCUGGGUGGUGACCUGGAGGGGAAUGAAAUGUCCUGGCUAAACUUCCACAGAGGGAUCAGAAUCGCAAGGUAACGUGCAGGGAGGAAUGACCCGAAAAGCUGUUGUCCGCGUUGGAGGCCCAGCUCCUCCACCCUGGAGGACCCUCCAGCUUGGGGUUGGUGCAUUGCAUUCCUCUGGAGUUCGGUUUGUUGCUGUUUGGUUGUUUUCUUUUAUUAUAUUAUUAUUUUAUUUUGUUUUCCGUCCUGCACUCGCCAGCCCGACCCGUGGGGUGGGAGCUGCGUGGGGAGCUGCCCCCAGCCCUGCCCCUCGCUUGGCUCUUGGCUGCCGCGGUUUGGAUGCUGCGCUUCUCUGCCCUUUAAUGUGUCCCCCCACCCUGCCGAGGAGCGGGGGGCUGCGGGUUUGAGCGCUGGGAUCCUCUCCGCCGGGCCUGGGGUGGUUUUGUGUUGUGCUUCGUUUCUUUGUUAUUGCUCCCCAUCCGCAGCGUGACCUGGGCGGGAGGCAGGAGGAGAACCAAACGGGGAGCAGGGGGGACACGGCUGUCCUCGUAGCCGUGUGUGCGCCGUGCUGGCAGCGGGGACCCGUUCCCUCCAGGGCAGCUCCGCAUCCCUUUGAAGCAAGUCAGCUCUCUGCUCUUGCCCAACUGUACAGACCGCAAAGAGCAAGCUUAGAGACCUGGGUGACACCGCAGCCCCGGGGAGGGGACAGGCCGGGCGCGAUGCCACGGGGGCGGUCAGGCCAUGGGAUGGCUCAGACCCGGGGAGGACGAGAAGGUGGCAUUUUACUUUUUGUUUGGUUUUGUUUGUUGUUUUUUUUUGUUUUUUUUUUUCUUUUCUCUCUCUCGAAUCAUUUAAAUUCAUUGUCAUGAUUGUUUUUAUUUAAAAAAAGAAAAAAAGGAAAAAAAGAAAAAAAAAAAAAGAAACAAAACAAAACCGAAAAACUUUUGUAAUGUGGAUUUGUUUUCCUUCGUCUGUAUUUCAGUCUGCUGGGGUGUUUCCGUAGAUGGUGGAUACUUGCUUUCAUUUUUUUAAUGAUAGAAGUUUUCUGUUUUAAGUUGUUUUUUAUCACCAGCUCAUUCUAUCCUCUGUGGUUACUCAGUAAUUUCAUUUCAAUAUUUAUUUUUGUGCUGCUUUUUUAUUAUAAAAUAAAUUAUUGAUAUACCAAGCAAUGUGGAUUCCUGUUUGUAAGGCGAAUAGCCCUGUGUAUGUGUCCAUUACUUUCUCUUGACAGCCACAACGUAAUUUAUUGCUGUAAAUUUAGCUGCAGUGACUGGUUUUUUUGUACCUUUCCAAUAAAGCAUUUUCUGGUUUCAGAA